GGCAUGCAUGACGAUGUAUUCUCAGGUGGCAGCCACAGAAGGAAGUGCUCGUAUUCAUUUUUUUCUCAUAUUUUCAUUCGGUCCUCAUAGCAAAGGAAAGUAAUUUUUUCUGCAAUUGAAACCUGUGAGGAGUGUUUUUAAAUCUUAUCUACAAAAAUUGUCUGAAAACGAUUUCUACACUGUACAAUUUAACAUUGAAAUGAUUUACGUUGUACCUCAUUAGCCAACAAAAAAGGACGUGGCCAUAGAACUGAUGAAAACCGAAGUUACGCAAAUUUAAUAAACUUUAAAAGUGCAUCACUAAGCAGGAAGAUACGAGUCGUUUUAUUACAUAUAACUACAACAAAUAAAAAAUUGUAUAAUUGAAUUAAAGGAUUUAAUAUGAGCGGCGGUGGAGUUGGUAGUGACUCUACAGCGCCAAGCGGUCCGCGAGUGGUUCAUAUAUAUAAAACGGAAACAGGCUUUGGUUUCAAUGUGCGUGGACAAGUUUCUGAGGGUGGGCAACUUCGUUCAAUAAACGGAGAGUUAUAUGCCCCCUUGCAACACGUAAGUGCCGUGCUCGAAAACGGCGCCGCAGAGAAGGCAGGAAUAAAAAAAGGGGAUCGCAUACUAGAGGUAAAUGGUGUUACCGUAGAAGGAGCUACACACAAGCAAGUCGUAGAUUUGAUAAAGUCUGGCGGGGAUUGCCUCACGCUGACAGUAAUUUCGGUAACGCAGCAAGAGGCGGAAAGACUCGAACCUCAGGAAGAUCAGACGGGUUACUCAUAUAUUGAUUAUUCCGAUAAACGAUCGUUGCCUAUUAGUAUACCAGACUACAGCAUUGUAAAUCGCAAUGGAGAGCGUUACAUCGUUUUCAAUAUACAUAUGGCUGGCCGUCAAUUGUGUUCUCGUCGUUAUCGCGAAUUUGCCAAUCUUCACUCAAUAUUAAGAAAGGAAUUUGCUGGUUUUAAUUUUCCUAAACUGCCUGGAAAAUGGCCAUUCCAAUUAAGCGAGCAGCAAUUGGACACUCGCCGGCGAGGCCUUGAGCAAUACUUGGAGAAGGUGUGCGCCGUACGCGUCAUCGCCGAAAGCGAUGCGGUGCAAGAUUUUCUCACGGACUCAGAUGACGAUAUAUCCGCUUCGCCAGUGGACAUAAAAGUAAUGCUGCCGGAUCAUGAAGUAUCUACGGUCUCAGUGCGAAAGUCUGCAAAUGCGCAGGUGGUGUGGGAACUUCUGGUUCAGCGAGCCAACCUAACGUCGUACACCCAACAAUAUUUUUAUCUCUUUGAAAUUGUUGAAUAUAAUUUUGAACGCAAGCUGCAGCCACACGAGAUUCCACACCAACUGUAUGUCCAAAACUACAGUACCGCCUCCAGCACUUGCCUCUGUGUGCGUAGAUGGUUGUUCUCAGUGAGUAGAGAGCUUGGCUUACCUGAUGGCGAACAAGCAGCAACAUUUAUUUUUUAUCAGGCGGUUGAUGAAGUGAAUCGCGGAAAUAUACGCGCUGAAGGCCGUCUUUAUGAACUGAAAGCCUUACAGGAUGCAAAGAAAGCAUCGGAAUAUUUGGCGUUAGCGCGCACGCUACCCGGGUAUGGCGAUGUCGUAUUUCCGCACUGUACCUGUGAUAGUCGCAAAGAAGGACAUGUAGUGCCAGCCGUUGGAAUAAAAAGUUUUCGUUUGCUCGCAUGCCGUGAAGAUGGUUCACUUGAGUCGCAAAUGGUCGAACUAACAUGUGAAAGCAUAACUCGCUGGGAGAGCGAUGAAGAGUCAAUGUCAUUCUGCUUUCAAUACAAUCGCCCGGACAAACCGGCGCGUUGGGUGAAAGUUUACACGCCAUAUCAUUCGUUUUUAGCUGAUUGUUUUGAUCGAAUAAUGGAGGAACGCAAAUGGGAAGAUAGCGGUGAUUAACAAAAGAAUGUCUAUAACGCUUGAGCGUGGGUUUCCAUUAUCAUAGUUUUACGAUAUUUUAAGCACCUGAUAGAACUCAGCAAACGCAAAUAUUCAUCUCACUUUUUUAUUUUUUUUGCUAUUUCAUCUAAAAGUUAUGUAUAUCUUCUGUACACCAACUCUAAGGUGCACUACCGGUUGUACUAAGAAUAAAAUUGGGCCUGAACCACACUGCAACUCAUUCUAAAAUUUGAAAGAACAACUAUAAACGCUGAAUACAUACAAAUGUAUAAGCUUUUUUUUGUACACUAUGAUGUGUACUAUACCUUCAUUUACUAUAAAAAUCGACCAACUCAACACUAAAUUAAAUGGGCGCUGUAAUUCGCAAUUCAAAAGAAUUAAAAAUUAAAUAAAAUUGUCCAGAUUGUUUAAUCUCAGUUAAGUUAAAGAAUAUUGCAUAUAUUAAAUAUUACAUACCCACAUACCUACAUAUAUAUACAAGUUAUAUAUUAUUGUAUAUUUCCGAAUUAGCAGUUUUUAUAAUUAAGUAAGAAUAAAAGAUACAUACAUAUGUCUUAUUAAAACAUUCAUACAAUGCACCUUAAUCACGCACUCAAUUGAAAAUCGGCAUUUGCGCACCAAGAUCAAAUUAAACAGCUCCAAGUCACUUAAAUUAAUCUAAGAUGUUUAAAAAAUAAAUGUUAAAAUUGUUGUCAAUUUCUAAGAAACAAGCUUAAGUAAUCGUAGCAAGCUUACGAACAAGAAACAAACACACUUUCCCAUUGUCAAUGCAAGUUGUGAGAAUCUACUUCAGUUAAGCUGAAAUGAUUAGGCCUGCGGAUUAAUCCCAAAAAGUGCUCUAGAAAUAAAAAAAAAGUUGUUGGGUCAAAGUAAGCGGUUCAAACCGAUCGUGAUCUAUAGCUUACACCGAAAUCCAUUUACAGUAAAUUUUAACCAAGUUUUUACUGAUCCUUUUAUGCCGAAAAAGCCAAAAAACCUGAUUUUUCACAGCGGCCAAUUUUCGCGACAUUUUCAUUUAAACUCGCUAUAUCUCAGACACACAAUAAAUAAGAUGUUAUUCUUAAGAAACUGAGUUCUUCUACAGUCCUUAAUACUUAUUAAAAACAAAAUUACUUGUACAAGUUCUAUGUAAAAAUAUUUGUGAUCUAGAGGCGAGCGCCCGCUCGUGGGUGUCACCAUAAUAUUCAGCCUCAUUGCGUAAGUCGUAAAUUAGGCCAAAUUUUAAGACUCGAACACAUUGACAUUGUCUACUGUCGUGCUGAAAUAAGUAAACGACGAAAAUUGUCGAAAACUAUGCAGUGCUGCAACGUUUUUCGGUUUUAAUACGCUAGUCGAGUCGAAAUUUUUGGCAAUGUCGAAAAACGACUUGCAUUCGAGACGACUCUCGCAAUGAGGCUGAUUACUAUAACUUUGGAACUACUUGCUGUUUAAAGCAUGAAGCUUUACAAAAAAUUUCUUUAGAUAAUAAUGCUAUAAUCUAUAAUGCUGCAUUAAAACAAAACAAAAUUUUCAAAUUUUAUAGCACACCUUUAGCAUUUGUAAAAAGUACCUCCAUAAUUUUUAUAAAAAAGUUUAAAAAUCAGCCAUUUUGUUUUUAAUAAGUAUUAAGAACUGUAGUUAAACUCAGUUGCUUUAGAAUAAUAUCUAGCUUAUUGUGUAAAAUCUUCAAAUAAAGCGAUAAUAAAACGCCUGAGAUACAGCGAGUCCAAGUCAAAAUUUCGCAAAAAUUGGUCGCUACAAAAGUUCAGGGGUUUUGGCUCUUUCGACAUCAGUAAAACUUGGUUAAAAUUAACUGCAAAUGUAUUCUGGUGUAAGCUAUCACGAUCACGAUUGGUUUGAACCGGUUACUUUGACCCAACAACUCUCUGGACUCUUUUUGGGCAUAAUCCGCAGGCUUAGAUGGUUGAGGGAAAAAUCAAACAUGUAGCAGUAAAUUUGUAUAUUCAUAAGAAGAUCUAUCAAACUGUUUAUAAUUAAAGAAAAAAACGUUAUACAUACAUAUGUAUGUAGUUAUAUUCAUGUGUCACAUGCGGUUAGGUCAAGCAACAGGCAUAUAAACUAUUGUUUAUCUUUGCUGACAAAUGAAUUAAUAAAUGAAUAUAGCAAGCGACUUAAUUUAAUUGUAGAUAAAUAAAAACAAAAAAUUCAAAGCUUCUAUUCCAUCUUGAAGUUAUGUAGUUGAAGCUAUUCUAUAUAAAUUCAAAGUUUCAAAUGAAUCAACGUAAAACGAACAAACACAAAUGUAUUUGUUACUAUAUAUUAAUGAAUAUAUUCUUUUAAAGAAUUUCACGAUUUUAUAAUUUAGUUACCUAUCCUAAAUAUUAAUAGACUUACAUAGGUAUAUGUAUACAUAAUUUCUACGCAAAGCAGAAAUGUGGCCAUUACAUUGUUAGUUAUUUUUUUUUUAUAGUAAAAUACUCGUUCCAACAGUGACAUUCCUUAAGAGAGUAAACCAUGCUUUAGUAAGCAAAUUAAUUAUGCAUUUGAUGGAUAAGGUAUUCAAUAACAAAGAUAAUAAAAGUCAGAUUUAAUGAUGCUAUUCUCUUCCGAUGCUUUUAAACUGAAAUACAUAAAACACGCAUAUACUACAUACAUACAUAUACAUAUGCUAUAAACAAUGAUGGGUAGUACAUAUACGGAACUGUUUCUUAAAUCAUAAAUAUGUAGGCAGGAACUUUCACGGAUUAAUUCAGGAAUAAAAUAACAUAUUGAGUCGUAGGUCGCGAAGGUACAUACAAAAUGACAGCGGGCUCUACGAAAAUCCGUUUUCUUUAUAAAUCCAUACAUAAGUCAAUCAGUCUUAAUUUGGUCUUGUAAAAAUGGAAUUAUAUUGAUUUGGCGAAAGGUUUGACGAAGAUGUAUAUUUUAUUUGUAUAUUAUAUUUUCCGCUAGAAAAGUGAUGUGUUCUGGUAAAACAAUAACACGUUGAACAAAAUCAAACAAAAAAAAAACAAUUCACGAACUUUUUAAGUGACCAAAAACGCCUAUAAUUUACAAAACUGUAUUUAAAAGACUGUAAAAUUCGCGAAGUCAUGUAAAAAUAUGUUGGUCUUAUGAAGAUAAAAUUUCAGCGCGUUUGAAAAAGAUAAACAAACAGGCAGGUUCCGCAAUUCACUUCCUGGUGAAGUUCUAUAAAACUCGUUUUGAAUUCAAAUUGGUACGGGUUGAAAUUCACUCUGAAUUAAUGGGUCGUCGAUUACGGAUUGCAACGCAACCACGGUUCGCUUGGCAGCUGGCAACGCAACUCGAAAGAAAAUUUUAUUACGAAUGGCAACUAUCGCCGGUUGCUGUAGAGUUAUCGAUAAUCCUCCUUCCAAAAGGAGCUGUAGUAUAAUUGAUUAAUAAACAGAUGAACCUCUUCGUUCAACUUCAAUACCUCCGCUCAUAAAAGUUUGCGCACCUCUUCGAUUUUUCGCAGAAGGAAGUGCCACAGCAAUGACUUCAAUUUGGAAAACUUGGUGUGUCGGUAGUUUUAAAAGAGUUGCUUCAGUUAAUAAAGGAAAAAAUGUGCAAUCCGUGUUCGCUUUUGUUUCGCCAAAGGGCGUACGUUCCACGGGAACUAAAAUUUCAAGUUAUUGUUUUGUUAUUUUCAAAAUAUUCUGUUAAAGGCGAACUGCAUUGAAAAAUGUUAAUAUCGUUGAAAUUAUUAAAAAGUAAAAUAUUUAUUAUUUAUAUGACACACUUUUCAAUUUUCGCUCCUAAAUACGCUGCAAAAACAUUCCUCCCAGCAACCACACACACACACACACACACUUGCACACUUUGUAGCAACUGCAGUUGUCAGUUGCCAUCUAUAAUAUCGUUUUGGCAACUAGCAACGCAACUGAAGCUCGAUUGCUAUCGAUAAUCGACCCAUAAGCCUUCCUGAAAGUUAAUUAUGCAACCUGAGCUUCGACCUAUACUAGGCCACUCAAAAAGUUCUUUUUCACUGCUACACGGUGUAGUUAAAUUUGGGCUACCAUUUGUAGUUUUUUUCUUUUUUUUUCUUAUUCGAAAAUCAAGGCUCAGAUCUCUUCAACAAAAGCCUGUGUAACUGGUAAUUUUUAAUUAUAUUUUUUACCUUUUUGUUCUACUGUCAUCUGGCGGAUGCUGCCUUAUAUUUACAUAAAUUUAUACUACAUAUACAUACAUACAUA